GAUAUUUGAGAUAGCUUGAACUGAGAGUUUGUCUUUGUCUGUGACAGAAAUUUAGAGAGAGCAUUUUCUCGGAGAGUACUAUUAUAUUCAAGAGAUGACAAUGAACCGCGAGUCUUGGGCUUUUGUCUUCGGCCUUAUAGGCAACAUCAUCUCCUUCAUGGUGUUCCUUUCUCCAUUACCAACCUUUUACCAAAUCUACAAGAAGAAAACUGCUGCUGGGUUUCAAUCACUUCCUUAUGUUGUUGCACUUUUCAGUGCAAUGCUUUGGAUUUACUAUGCAUUCGUCAAAAGGGAAUCUGCACUACUUCUCAUCACCAUUAACACGUUUGGGAUUGUUAUAGAAUCAAUUUAUCUUGCAAUAUUUCUCUUUUACUCCACAAAGAAGGACAGGCUUUCUACCAUCAAGCUGCUUCUCUUGCUGAAUGUGUUUGGAUUUGGAGCCAUGCUUCUAUCAACUCUUUACCUUUCAAAAGGAGCAAAGCGUCUUGCUAUUAUAGGAUGGAUUGCCCUUGUUUUCAACAUAGGUGUAUUUGCUGCGCCUCUCUUCAUUAUGAGUAAAGUCAUAAAGACGAGGAGUGUGGAAUACAUGCCGUUUAAUUUGUCCCUCUUUUUAACCAUCAAUGCUGUCAUGUGGUUCUUCUAUGGCCUUUUCCUCAAGGAUUAUUACAUUGCUCUGCCAAAUACGCUUGGGUUUCUGUUCGGCAUAGUGCAGAUGGUACUGUAUUUGAUUUACCGAAACGCCACGCCAGUGGUUGAAAAGGACCAAGCGAAGGUUCAAGAACUGAAUGGCCAUACAAUAGAUGUUGUGAAGAUGGGUUCUAUGGUCCCUUCUGACCCCAAUUAUGCAGCUAAAGUCUGAUUUCCCCAAUGAGAAAAAUAUGAAUGUCGAAAAAAAAAGGGAUCGAUGAUUUAAAAAAAAAAAGGAAAAGAAAAAAAAAAAAAAAACCUAAACGUACUUUACUGAGUAGGGUCACCUCUCAUAUCAUGGAAUAUGCAAGAACAGUGCUACGUAGUCGCUGGUAUAAGUGUUUGGUUUUAUUAAAUGCAAAGGUGUGGUUUAAAUUUGUCUGUACGGAUAGCUGUAAUUGUCAAGCAGUCACAUAUAUAUAAGCAAAGACAUAAACAACCUUAGCCUCUCUCGUUCGUCGGCCAUAUCACUCCCAUGUUGUACUACUACUACUCCGUUACACGUAGUAUAUUCUCUUCUCAAAGUGUAUCCCUCAUUUCAAUUCACUUUUCCUUGUAUACGUAAUCAAUGUUCAAGUAAUGAGAAUUAAUUAUUUUAGUAA